AUGUCAUCACGUCGUGAAAGUUCGAUUAGUUCUCAUCUAUUAAAUGUUAAUACACGAUCAAGACAUAGUAGUACAAGUCGACGUCGAUCAUCAAUUACCGAUAUACAAGAAAAUAAACAAUUAAAACAAGAAAUACCAGCUAAAAUACUUGUUGUUAAUGGCAAAUGUUCAGACAUAUUUAAAUCUACAUUAGAAGAGUGUGUUGAACAUUGUAUUCUUGAAUUUCCAGGUGAAAAUUCAAUUUAUGUAUCAAAACCUGGACAUAGUAAAUCAAUACCAGCUGGAAGUAAACAAACUUCAAUAAAUUAUUCACGAGAACAUAGUUCAUCAGCAAAAUUACAUCAUCGAAAAACUUCAGCUAAUCAACUUAAUUUACCAUUAACUAAUGGAAAACGUGCCAGUCAGACAAGUAAUAUUUCAUUAGCAACAGCAGCUUUAUCAACAACAACUGCAUUACGUACACGUCAUUCAACAACUCAGCAAAGAUUUUCACUUGCUGAAAAUAUUUCGGAAGAAAUAGUUGAUUUACAAAAAUCAACUGAACAAUUACAAUAUCCGAUAAUCAAUGAACCUGAUUCUGAAAAUCGAAAUUUAUUGAAGGAAGAAAUAUCUUCUCAUCAUUCAAAUGUUGAUAUUCUUUCACGAACACAGACACCAUUACAUCGGAAAAUGCCAUCAGCUUCAGCUUAUAAAUCAUACCGUGAUCGAAAAAAAGAUUAUCUUCUAUCCGAUUUAGUUAUGCUUGGACCAGAAUAUUUUACUCAUGUAUUUAAUCUCCCACGUACACGUACAGCACGUCCAAAAACACAAGCAUCAACAAAACAACAACGUUCAACUAGUCAACAGCGAUAUAAUAAAACAAUAGAACAGUAUAAUGAAUUUGAUCAAAUCAAACAAGAUCUAUUUCAUCGAUAUUUAUGGACACAAAAACCACAAGUAUCAUGUCGUAUACGUCCUAUGACAACUUAUACACGUAGUACAACAUCUGUAAUAUAA